AUGAGGCGCAGGCUCAAGAACCUUCCCUUUUCUGUGGACAACAAAUGGCGAUUACUCGCACUAAUGUGUGGAUUCUUUGGAAGUGGAUUUGUCGCCCCUUUCGUUAUAGUCAGACACCAGCUUCUUAAGAAAUGA